AUGGCCAAAAUAAAGAAAAAGGAAGCUUACAAGAAACCGCUAACUCGUAAGGAGCAGCGUAAACAAAAGGUGGAACAAAAGAAAAUUAAAAAGCGACUUUAUUAUUCGAGUAAAUCGGAUGGCGGACAACGUGUUGCGGCUGCGAUGGCGGAGGCGGCAGCUAACGCACUCGCAACAACAAAGAACAAGAAAGGCAAAAAGGGGAAGAAGCCGAAGAUAAAUCCCGAGGACAUACCCGUGGAGCAGUUGCUGUCAGGCGAAGUGGAUGCCGAUGAUGACGAUUCAAUCGACUCUAACUUCAGCGAUGAGGAAGUGGAUGCUCUGCUGCCAGCAGAACGCAAAGGAAAAGUGGAGGUCUACAAUCCGCUUGGGAAGAAAGCUAAGAAACAUGCUGGCAUACAAAGAGAGGACGAGACGAAGGUGCGCCAAAAGGAAUUGCGCCAGCAAAAGGAACUGCAGAGCAAGGCACGCAAGCAGCGCUUAAAACAAUUAAAGCUGGAGAAUGAGGACGAGGACAAGGAGAUAGCCAGGCUGGAAAAGAAACUCAAGUUGAACAAGACAAAGGAUAAGAAUCGACUGAUGCGAAAAAUGUUUAGCGAUGGGUUGGACUAUGUGCUGGAUUUGGUGCUAGACGAUGAGGAGGAGAAGGUCAAGUGGGAAGAGAAGCAGCGCCGGAAACAAGAACUUAAGGAGCAGCAGGCUAAAGAAGAGGCAGGCAUGUGGAGCGACGAAGAUGAGGACGAAACAGCUAGUAUGGAUGGGAACGAUGCUGAUGAGGCAGGCAGUGAGGAUUUCGAUGAUGAAGAAAUGGACGCAAGUGGGCAAGAAGAUGACGAAGACGGAAAUGCUGCAGAAACAGAUACAGACGACGAAGAGAAGGAGGAGGAGAUGAAGCAGAAGGAAACAAAUAAGUACAAAGAGGACAUAUAUGGCAGGCGACGGGAUGCAGAUGGCAACAUUAUUCCGGAUGCUGUCGAGGCUGUGGCAGCACAGAGUGGACAAAAGUAUAUACCGCCACAUCAGAGAGCGUUGCUCGCAGCGAGCGCAGGCACCAGUGAGAAACAGGCCGAAAUCCUGGCCAGACUUCGCAAGCAAUGCAAGGGUCUGCUCAAUCGACUGUCUGAGGCGAAUCUGCAUAAGAUUGCCACCGGCAUUGAGGAGCUUUACAUGAAGAAUUCGCGCUAUAAUAUGAAUGAUACAUUGACGGCAUUGCUGAACGAGGCGUUGAUCGGUAGGACGCGCUCCAAUGAGCGAAUGGUGCAGGAACACAUGGUAUUGUUAGCCUACUUGCAUGCCCAUAUUGGCAGCGAGAUUGGCGCCCACUUUCUGCAAAUGUUCGUGGAGCAAUUUGAUGGGUAUGUGAAGGAUAUGCAACAACUGGAUGUGGAGGAUAAGCGACUGAAUAAUCUCGUCCUGCUGCUCUGUUACAUGUACAUGUUUAAGAUUUACGAGCAACGUCUGCUGUUAGAGCUCAUUGCGCGUCUGGCUGGCAAUCUCUGCGAGAAGGCCGUGGAGUGUCUGCUUUUAAUUUUUCAAAAUGUGGGCUUUCGUCUGCGCAAGGAUGAUCCUCUGGCCUUUAAGCAGAUGAUGCAGAAUGUGCAGUCACAAAUUGCUGCAGCGCCACUGGAGCUCAAGGAGAAUCUGCGACUCAAGUUUAUGGUGGACAUUCUGAAUGCUGUGAAGAACAACAAUAUGACUAAAUUGCCACAAUAUGAUCCAGAGCUGGCAGAGACGCUGCGGAAGCGUCUGAAGGGCAUGCUGCGAAACGAACGAUACGUGGUGACACUCAAUAUAACGCUAGAUGACCUCCUGAGAGCCGACAAGGUGGGCAAAUGGUGGAUUGUUGGAUCUGCGUGGACGGGCAACAUCAAUGAGAUGGGCAGCGCCACGCAGACAACGACGGAGGAACACAGUCUGCCAAACAGGGAACGCUUCUCGGAGAAGCUGCUACAGCUGGCCAAGAAACAGCACAUGAACACUGCCGAGCGUCGCAACAUCUUCUGCAUAAUUAUGAGCGCUGCGGACUAUGUGGACGCCUUUGAAAAAAUUCUGCAUUUGUCGCUUAAGGAUCAGCGAACUGUCGCUUAUGUGAUCAUACACUGUGCGCUCAAUGAGCGUAAGCCGAAUCCCUACUAUGCUCACUUGGCCCUCAAAUUCUGUCAAUACAAUCGCAAAUUUCAGCUGGCUUUCCAAUUCGCCAGCUGGGAUCGCAUUAACGACAUUGAGGCUCUCACCAAAGCGCAGAUAAAAAAUCUGGCCUGGUUUCUACAGCAACUCAUUUUGUCCGCUGGCUUGCAACUGUCAGUGCUUAAGGUUGUGGAUUUUAUGCAGCUGCACAAGCUCAGUUUUUAUUUUAUGCGUGAGGUGAUGGUGCGUCUACUUCUGUCCACGGAGGAGAGCGCUCUCUAUCAGGCCUUUGAGCGCGUGGCUAAAAACACGAAACUGCAACAAUUUAAACAGAGUGUGCGUCUCUUCAUGCAACACUUUUUGUUGCAGCCCGAGCAGCUGGAGAAGCUGAAACUUGAGGAGGAGCAGCAGGAGCUGUUGCAUCAACGCAUUGAACAUUUGGAUAAAUUGUUGGCCUAUGUAGAUUUGUAAAUAAAAAUAUUAAGCAAAGCUAAAA